AUGGCAGAGGACCAACCAGGUGCUCGACCAAGCCAUCUAAACUUCAUAACUGGCAAUGCAAAUAAGCUAGCUGAGGUCAAGGCAAUAUUGUCCUCGAUACCUGGGCUGGAACUGGAGAGUCGGGACGUGCCCGGCGAUGAGAUACAGGGGAGCAUUGAGGAAAUUGCGAGAGACAAAUGCAGACGGGCUGCUGCGGUGGUCGGUGGACCAGUCUUGACAGAAGAUACAGCACUCGAAUUCACGAGUCUGAAGGGUCUUCCAGGCCCGUACAUAAAACACUUUCUCUCUGCCCUCGGCCAUGACGGCCUCAAUAAUCUGCUCGCUGCCUAUCCGGACAAGACUGCAACGACUGUCUGCACCUUCGGUUAUUGCGCCGGUCCAGGUCAGGAGCCAAUCCUCUUCCAAGGCAAGACCCAAGGAAAGAUCGUGCCCGCUCGCGGUCCCAGAGUCUUUGGUUGGGACGCUUGUUUCGAGUACGAGGGCGAGACGUAUGCUGAGAUGGACAAAAACCACAAGCUGGAGAUUCUGCAAAGCCUCGGCCUGGCAGACGCUGCUGGGCGUGGGAGUGAUAUCACCUACGUUGCGAACGCAAUCUCACACCGUGGUAAGGCACUUGCCAAGCUGAAGAGCUGGCUAGCCGGAGGCGAUGUGGAGACUCUGUAG